AUGGAUACAGCCGCCGAACAAACGAACGAACAACCCCCGGAGGUGAGAAAAGACUCAAAAGUUGACACAGAUGAUAUUAAGACAGAAGAAUCCACACUUCCAGAGGGUUAUGUAUAUCCGGACGGAUCUGUGACCAUUCCUCGAAAAACCGGGACUUAUCAUACCCGUUCUGUCAUUCUUCUUCAUGACGUCUUUAAUAGUGCCGAGGGCUGGGCUGAAGAAUUCAUGGGAGCAAGACUGAAUGGUGAAACCAUUAUGUCCAUCUUUCCUGGAACAAAUUGGUGCUUUCCUGAUAUUGAUUAUCCCUGGUUAGUGCAGGAUAUAGAGAGCGAAACGACUGAUGACAUGGUCGAUUUAUGGAGUGCAUUUUCAGCCACCGAUCAAGAGGGAGAGCGAUUAAAGAUACUCGGAGCGCUAUUUCAGAUUCUGAAACCCAUCCAACAACUUGUCGAAAGAGAAUCAGAUCUUGUAGGUAUACGAAAUGUCUUCAUAGGUGGUUUAGCAGAUGGCGCUACUGCAGCAAUGCAUUUGUUUCUAAUUAAUCAAGUGAACCAAGGUGGUGGAAUGGGAGGGUUCAUAGGAAUGAAUGGCGUGCUUCCAUUUCAAUCGGAGAUCAAGCCGUUGAUAGAUAAGCCGCCAAACUUUGAGGAGUUGUCCCUGGAAGAAUAUAUAGACGAACAGAUACAAAACCUUGAGAAAGUGGUGACUUUUAUGCGAAAUACUUUGGGUCUGCCAGCCGUGGGGACGUUUGAUAGGACAAUCGCAUAUCUGGGAAACCCAAUUUUCCUUGGUAGUAUCAUGACACGCCCAGCCGAGUUGGAACUCAGGCAAAAGAGGGAGGAUAUGAUAGAGAUCCUUCGCCGCUUGAGAUGUUUUCACCCUAUAUACUUUACAAACGAUUUCAAGGAACCAGAUCUCGCUGGGCAAGUUGAGAGCUUGGUUGAUUACCUCCGAAUGACUGGCUCUAUCAGAGUUCCUGGAUGA